AUGUCCAAGCCAUCCGUCAGCACGGCGUAUAUUUCAGCGUCCACCAAUCGUUUCAACCAUGCUGCAGAUGCCUCCACCUCUUCCGUGAUUGCUUGUGGAUCAGGCAAAUUAAUCGCGUUAUGGAACACUCAAGACCCAGAUGGCAGAGGCGUCUUCCAGACGCUGCCUGGUCACAAUGGCCUAGUAACCUGCAUUCGUUUUGUGGCGUUCGACGCAUUUGCUAGCGCGGAUGACAAGGGGACCGUCCGCUACUGGAGAUUAUUUGGGACAGAGUGGAGAACUACUGCGAUCGUGCAAGCACACAAAAAAGCCAUCUCUGUACUUCGUGAAUUCGACCACUUCUUGCUUACCGGAAGUUCAGACUCUUCCAUCAAAAUCUGGGACGUGCAACGUGGCGAUGUUGAUGACGAGGUGAAGGAGUUCCAAACCAUCUCGCUUCAAGGAUGGUAUCCUUUAUCAAUAGCAACCGGAUUCCUACCAUCGUCUGAAGCGAUAAUACUUGCCAUUGGCGGAACCGAUCGCAAAGUGCACAUCUGGACACGCUCUGACGGACCAUUUAUUCGUUCAGUCACCCUGUCAGGACAUGAAGACUGGAUACGUGCGCUGGCAUUCCGAGCUCCAUCGACGCCAAAUGAUCCCCUCGUGCUCGCUUCAGGCUCACAGGAUGGAACCAUCCGACUUUGGAAUGUGGAGUCCUUCGCUAAGAUGCAGGCCCAAUCACAGACUCAUGGAAAACACUCGGCAGAUGAUCUCAGUGACGAUCUCCUGGACGCAUUUGAAGCUUCAUUAGGAGACUUGGGUGCAGACGCCGAGGAGGGCGGCAGACAAAUUUCACUUAAACGGCAUAUUCUUACCGUCAAAUCGAAUUCCGGGACGCAACAGUAUUCUAUCACAUUCGAUGCUCUCCUGAUCGGCCAUGAGGCAGGAAUUACGUCGCUUUCUUGGUCUGCUUCGAAUGCGUCCUUGCUCUCUACGUCAACGGACUCAUCUGUCAUCAUAUGGGCUCCUAGCUCGAUCGUCUCCACUGCAUAUUCAUCAUCAACCUCUUCUAUCUGGAUUAAUAUACAACGCUUCGGUGACGUGGGAGGUCAACGUCUUGGUGGCUUUACUGGAGGUCUUUGGUCAAAUGGUGGCGCCGAAGCCAUGGCAUGGGGUUGGAGUGGAGGCUGGCGACGGUGGCGCCGCAUCAGAAGUGAUGGCCACGGAGGAGCAGCUGGUGAGGAGUGGGAAGAGGUUGGUGCGAUCAGCGGACACAGUGGUGCAGUAAAGGGCCUCGACUGGAGUCCAAAAGGAGACUAUCUGGUAUCUGUGGGUCUGGACCAGACGACACGCAUUCACGGUGCUAUCACAUCCUCUACCCCCGGACAGAGCAUUUGGCAUGAGCUGUCACGCCCUCAGGUACAUGGCUAUGACUUAAUGGGCGCAGCAUGGCUCGGUCCGUGGACUUUUGCAAGCGUUGCCGACGAGAAGGUCGCACGAGUAUUCGAAGCUCCACGCAAUUUCGUCGAGGAGGUCCGGGUACUAGGAGUAAAGGAUCUAGCCCAGAGCGAGGUAAGGACCACUCCUUGUUAUAUUUCAAGGCUUCUGAGAAAACAAAAGGGGGAUAGACCGGCAACGGCUAGUGUGCCUCCUCUCGGACUCUCGAACAAGGCUGUUAGUGAUGAUGAUGCACCGUCAGAACUGGACAUCAGCAGACCCCGCAGGCGCCCUUUCGAAGGAGAGCUAGCUUCCAUCACCCUCUGGCCCGAAAUCGAAAAAGUCUUUGGGCAUGGGUAUGAGUCGAUCACAAUUUCAGCUUCUAACUCGCUUGACCUUCUUGCAACUGCUUGCCGUGCAACUUCCCCGCAGCAUGCCGUUAUUCGCGUGUACACCACAACCGGCUACCAGCCUUUCGGUGUCCCUCUCGAAGGCCAUAGCCUGACAGUUACCCGUAUAGCAUUCAGCCCGCCAAACGAUAAAACACAUCCUUACCGUUAUGUGCCCGUCGCUGCGGAUAAAUCGCAUGGAAGAAUCAUCUGGGAUUGUGCAUGGAGCUGCGAAGGGGACCUUUUUGCCACCGCAUCUCGUGAUAAGACCGUAAAAAUAUGGAAGGAAUCCUCGGGCUCUGCCGCACGAUGGGGGGCAAUUACGACGAUGAAAUUCGAGGAAGCAGCAACUGCUGUCGCGUUUUGUUCUGUCGGUGCCGAUGCACAAGAACGCUGGCUUGCGGUUGGUUUAGAGACAGGAGAGAUCAAGAUCUAUUCAAGCUUGAUGUCCACACCAGAUCAGUGGACACCAGUGUUGACCAUCGAUUCGAAUUUGGCCCAUGUUGAUCAAAUCAAUCAUUUGGCGUGGAGAGCGACUGAUAACCCAUCGAGGAAGCAGCUGGCGUCCUGUAGUGAAGAUGGUACACUGAAAGUACUGAUUGUCCAGUUUGAAAUAAACUAA